AUGCUUUUUGCUCUUCCUAUCAUAGUUGCGGCUGUCGCCACGUAUAUUCAGUUUGCAUUCAUCCAAGGGGAUGAAUAUGAGUGGCUUCGACCGUUGGUGUGGAAUGCGCUGGAAGACAUGAAGGGAGUCAUGCGUCACCAUAUGCCUUCUUGGAUGUAUCCCAUUUCGGCUGGAGACCCAAGGCCUACAUUACCUGCUCCUAUCCCUACUAAUAGCUCGUUACUAGCUACCAAUAACCAGUCUUUGGCGACUGGCACUCCAAAGCAGGUCUCGACGCUCUGCCUCAUUCACGUUCCCUACGAAACAUCUGGGUGGAUGAUUCUUCAUUAUCAGAACAUUUGCAGAACUUACUUUUUCAAUGCGAUCUGUGGGAUGGCAGUGUUUCUAUGUCUGGCAGGAUUUGUGGCUUGUUUAGUCACGCCCACAAUUCGCGACUGUGCGCAGAACCGAACCGAAAAACCAAAUACGGCUUCCAGUCUUGUUUUGAUUCCUCCUAUUGAUAUUCUGGACUUUGAGCUCAUAUUACCGAAUCGACCGGCUUCAAGUCAGUACAAUGUUAAACCUAACGCUAGUUCCAGUCCUCGUUUGAGACCAACUACUCCUGAAUCCCACUUCAGCUCGGCCGUUGUUAACACUAAUUUUUCUCCGGCCGCCACUCCUGCAUCGGUUUGGAAAGACCUUCGAAUAUCUUCUCCGGUUACUACUUCGAAUGAAAUGCCUCGGAGCAUGGCCAGACAUUGGCGCAGGGACUUUUCAUGUAUUACGAGCGGAGGACCCUGUUCCUGUAUCACAAGUCUGUCACGAAUGAACUCCGAACCAUGUCAUCAUCCUAAGUCACAGAUGGUACCUCAGACAACUACUGAAGGAUUCUCGGAACCAUCAAAUACUAAAACUGUAGACUUGGGCCCCCUCACAGGAGAAGCAACUCGGAUUAACUUGAAAACAGGGCCCCUUGAGGAUAUUCAGAGGCAUGAUUCCCCUUUCCGUGGUUCUAAGGAGCGUGAUCUAGUUGCCGAAUCGAUUUAUCAAGACUCGGCCCUCGGUAAUUCGGACAUUAUCUCCUCCAGCGGGCAUGACUCUUCGGUAGAUUCAACUCCUCGCGCAGCUCCUAGACUUAUCGGGUGCUGUAAGUCUUCUAUCGAAAGCAUGCCUACCAUGGUUCGGACCUCGAUAGAUCCGCACGCCGAGGGGACUUCAAACUUGGCUUCCGUCGUCUCAGCCUCCUGGGCCGAGUUCAUUACUUUGCGGAGUUUGGUGGCUCCUCAUCUUGAUCACCUGGGCGAAUCUUUCUCGCUCGACUCUUUUCAAGAUGAAAAUGCCUGGGCAAACAGCGAUGCAUGUGGUCCGGGGCCUGAAUGUACUGGCCCCUCUCCUGACGCCUCGGAUUCCAACGACAAUAGUAUUGCCUGUUCCGGAUGUGCCGAACACAUCAAAACCACUUGUUACUCCUCUAACUCUAUAGGAUUGACGUCUCAGUAUAGUAUAUCGACUGAACCGGAUACCCCAUUGAUUACUCCAUCAAACAGCAUGUUGCAGGUCCCUGGAUCAGAGGAACCUUCUUGUAUGGAUGCGACUUCUGACCUUCGCCCUAGUAUGGAUUUCGUUUUUGAGAAUCAACUGUCCAAGAUUGAAUCUUCUCUCGCGUCUCCUUCAGAGGGCAAGUCUUGUUCGAACCCAUUCACGGAGGCACAACCCAAUGGAUCCACUCCCAAAAAUUCGGACGGAUCGCUCCCUUCGCGAACACUGGGUUCUCAAACGUUCUUGGAUGACAGGACUUAUGCCGAAGUUGCUGGAGUGCCUUCCGACAUAGAAAGUGCCCAAGCUACUUUAACUUUGGAAAGAUGGAGACUCCCUCACUCAAGUAGCUCGCACUCCCGGUCUCAUAAGGUACCUGGUGCUAAUAAACAGGGAGUCAGUAACUGGGAGACCCAUGGUACUGCGGCUAGUAUGUGGGCUCGAGUUCCAGACCCGAACUCUCGCGGGUUUGUGGGGCGCCGUGGCCGUAGGGGGCGGGCACAAAUUAUGUGA